AGCAGGAGGAGGUGGCUGGUCAGAAGGAGGGAAGAAUGAGGGGUCCAGAUGGAGGAAGAAAGGAAGAAAGAAAGGAGGAGAGAAGCCCAGCUGAAUCCUCCAGGGGGAUUUGGAGCGGUCUCUCAGCCAGAUCGGAUUCUUAGAGGAGUUUGGCCACUGUGGGUAAGAUCCAGGCUGUGAUGUCCAUGGCUGGAGGGGAUCUGGUCAGGGGGAUCUCUGCUUAAUCGGCUUGUUGGAAGAAGAUGGUCUUCAGUAGGAAACAGAGACGACACCUGUCUAAUAUUUGAGAGGGGGGAAAUCCAAAGGCGCUGAGACCCAAUGGCUUUCUGGAACCCUUCAGUUUUGCCUUUCUGAUGUGAUGUGACUGCCUCAUUUGGCAGUGUGGCAGAACAGCAGCCUGUGAACUUUUGCGGGCCCACGGCGUAGCAUCCGACCUCCUCCUGCUCCCCUCCAAAUUCGGCCUUUCCCCCAAGAAACGAGAGAGGAUGAGAGCAGAACAAGGAGACCCGUUGACUGUCGGUCUUCAGUUGGAGGCCGCGCUGGAGCACCAAGUGAAGACAGAAGACUCGCAAGACAUGGUCGGCCCCAAAGCGGUGGCCGUGGACCCGUCUGCCGCCCAGGCUGGGAGCAGUAGAGGAUGCUGGGAAAGAAAUGGAGCAGCAGUUGUCCUGAGCGAGGAGGAUGUGAUCCCCUUAGACGCGCCUCCACAACGGAUGCUGAAUUCGACUUGGCCCACGAAGGAACAACCCCUAGCUGAAGAAAUGCAGAGCUUCGUGGCGAGGUUGAGUGACGGAGAGGCUUGUAUCCCAACCACUGGCCUGGCCAAAGAUUUCCUCAUGAAGAAGCAAGAAGAGGAUGAUCAGGUGGCAUUCAUGGAUGUGGCUGCUGACUCCCCCCAGGCAGGGGCUCCAUCAGACAUUUUGCAGAGGCCCCUGUUCAGAGUGACGGCGCACGAAAAUGAUGGCGACACAGAUUUUCCUGGUGGAGAGCUGUUUGCUGAAAUAAGUCAUGGCUCAUCUUCAUUUUGUGCUGAGAUAGAAACAGAUACUAUGGAUUCCGAUCAGGGGCCUGUGACCUUUGAGGAAGUGGCUGUGCAUUUCACGGAGGGGGAGUGGGGCCUGCUGGACCCAGACCAGAGAGCCCUCUACAGGGAUGUCAUGGUGGAGAACUAUGGGAACGUCGCCUCUCUGGAAGGAGCUCCGGUUCCUAAACCUGAUCUCAUCUCCUGGUUGGAAGAAAAGGAAGAGAUAUUUGACCAGAGCUCUGAAGAAGGAGAACAACCAACAGUGGCCGAUCUCUGGGGGAGCGAACACAGCGGGGGACCGGCUGAAGUGGCUCCGAAAGAGAGCGAGAUGGAGGAGCCGAAGGAAAACGUUGGAAAUGGAAGAGAAGCCGAGGCGCCCGAGGGAAAUCAGCCGAGAGAGACAUGGCAGAAGGAAUCAGCUGAUAGCGCGACUGGGACCUCCCUCAGCAUAGAGGACUCCCAAGAGGAAGACCUUUUGUUGGAAGAGCCACUCGAGGCACAACCAGGAGGAUCCCAAGAGGGCAUUUCUUUUGUGGCUGAAGCUGCAGAGAGUGAUGGCUGGGAGAGCGAGAGUGAAUGGGAACCAUACGGAGUGUUGUCAGACGAUACAGAGGAUGAAGAUAAUGUUGGGGAUCAAGGAGGACUAGAGCAAAACGGGGACGACCAAACAGAAGAAGACUGGCGGGAUAAACCCAAUUGCCAGGGCAGCGACUUCAACGGUUUGCCAGCUCCAGCAAAAGCUUACAAAGGCAAAAGAAAAAACCAGUGCAAGGUUUGCGGGAAGAGCUUCACGCGCAAGGCGAGCCUUAAGGUGCAUCAGAGAAUCCACACAGGGGAGAAGCCCUACAAGUGCACAGUCUGCAGCAAAGGCUUUUGCGACAAAACCAGCUUUCUUAGACAUCAGAGAAUCCACACGGGCGAGAAGCCGUACAAAUGCCCCGAGUGCGGGAAGAGCUUUAACCGGACCACAAAUCUCAUUACGCAUCAAAAGACGCACGUGGAGACCCGGGAGAAGACGUUUCACUGCUCGAGCUGCAGCAAGAGCUUUUACAACAAGUACAGCCUCAAGACUCACUGGCGCAGCCACACGGGGGAAAAGCCCUACAAGUGCUCCAGCUGCAGCAAGAGUUUCUGCGACAAGUCGAACCUGGAGGCCCACUGGCGGGUGCACACGGGCGAGAGGCCCUUCGAGUGCACGGAAUGCGGGAAGAGCUUCAGCGACCGCAGGACCCUCCUCCGACAUCAGAGAAUCCACACCGGGGAGAAGCCUUACAAAUGCACAGAAUGCGGGAAGAGCUUCAACGACCUGGCCACGCUGCUCCGGCACCAGAAGAUCCACACGGGCGAGAAGCCCUAUCGGUGCACCGAGUGCGGGAAGAGCUUCAACCAGAGCUCUCACCUCAUCCGCCACCAGAACACGCACGACGCCCAGCGCCACAAAGGCCGGUCGCGCAAGGCCAAGGCUGCGGUCGGAGCCAAUAUCUUUUUGGACAUCACUCAGAGCUUCACUCCAGAGAGCAUCGGCUUCACGCAAGAGAACUAUUACGGAUACGCUCACCCUGCGGAAACGUUUCACUGGCCCAUUACGUCUUACGCACCCUCGGCGGAGGCCGGAGAAGGUGGGGUACCCAACCUGUGGACAAUCGAGGAGACUUCCGUCGGAGAUCAAGCCAUCCUAGUCAUGAAAGAGUUAACCGAGGACAGGAGCUUGACGCUGUGAAGGAUGCUCAGAGCAGGGAAGGAGCUUCAUCCAGGCCUACGGCCAUCGAGUAAGAUUGUCCGGUCAAGCAAGAAAGCCAUGCUUUAGACAUUCUUGAAAAGAAGCAUGUUUGAAAGCAGAGAUGUAUCGAUCCAAGAUCUGACUGGCAGAAGCUCCGUUUGGAUCUUUAGGCACAGGAUCUUCAGAAAGGGAGAUCCAGCUCUGCAGGGAAGAUUCCUCGCAUUUCACAGCUAUGCCCACUUCCUGCUUGACUUAGAGGAGAGAUCUAUCAUUAUUGAACAGGGAUUCUCAAAGAUUAAAUUUUUGGGUGUAUGCCUUCAAAAAAAAAAAGGGAAAAGAGGCAGAUAAAAAUAAUGCUAUUUUGGUUCUGUUGUUCUCUUUAGCUUCCAAAAUCGAUGGUGAUUCUGUACUCUCUCGGACUAGAUGGAAGCAAAACGACUGAAUGAGAUUCAGCAACUGGCUGUGGCAGAAUGAAUGACAAUCAGGGUGGUCUGUAAAAAAACCACCCCCCUUUUGUCCUCCCCCAUAUUUCGAAAGAUGGUCAUUAUUUAACUUGGGGGGAGGGAAGGGAAUUUGGACACCCAUCCUGCUUGUUCUGACCCACACCAAAUUUUAAAGAGGGUGCUUUAAAAGGGGUUUGUUGCCUCUUGGUAUCAGUUUGGUUAAAAAUGUUAGACUGUCACAUUUUGUAAACCCGAUCGUAUAGAUUUGCUCUAGCAGAGAUCUAAAAGUGGAAGGGAGGGGUGUCAUCAGAAAGGUUUGUCGUUUUCCACACUUCUAACGUAGUUAAAAAGGGAUUAUUUCCCAAAAUGAUAUUUCUGGAAACAUGUGGGUUGGAUUUUGUACCGCAUUGGGGGAGUUGCACGAUGUUGGGCAGCAGGGCAGUUCAGCGUAUUUGGGUUUGUUUGACGGCUGAAGAAAGUCACAGUUAUAGAAUCACAAAACUAGAUAGUACAUCACCCGAACUGGGAAUCUCCAAGCCUGCAAUGAGAAGCAUGUGAAAGAGCACUCUGCUUAACAGUUAUCAGCUGAUUUGUGAGACUGAGACAUAGGUUAACAGGUUCUGCUGAAAUCUGGCAAAAAUAAAAUAAAUUACUGAGAACAGGUUCCUAUGAAUUCAGUUUGGGAUGCAGACACUCCCUGCAAAUGGUGCUACUGGUGCUACAACUCCCAUAAUCCCUGAGCGCUGGCCAUGCUUGCUGGAGCUGAUGGGAGUCUAAGAAGAAGCGAUAUAGCUGCAUCAUGAAUAUCGGAGGGAGCUUACCUUAUUCCCAAAUGUACUGGCAUGUGUGGGCUUUAGUUUUUUGUAUUAGCAACCUCUGCCACGAGAGUUCAGCAUGCUGCAGCGCUUUCAUUUUCCUUGCUCUCUUGAAAAAAAUCAUACAAAUGUUUUUAUAUAGGCUGCAAUCCUAUGCAAAAUAGCAAGGGAGUAAAACCCCCUUGAAAUCAGAAGGCCUUACUUCCAAGUAAACAUGUUUUAAGACUGCACCGAGAUCAGCCUUGUGUUUUAACAGCUCGCUUGGUCGCCACAGGCGAGCAGGAAUGCCAUGCAGGCGAGUGAGUGGGCUCAGGCCAGUUCUCCUGUACCAGCCUUGUUGGACUCCAUUCUAGCCUUAAAGGAAGGAAAUUCCUCUUCAUAACAGCACAGGAGGCAAAUGGUAGAAGAUGGACAGAUCCUCCUUCCCCACAUCAACCAGCAUGCUUAAUCGAAAGCAGGGUUGUUGUGGUUGUGGUUGUGGUUGUUUUGUUUCCCAGCCUGCUCAGUGGCUGGUAGUGAAGAGGACUUGUGGGCAAAUGACUUUUAUGAGCUUACAUACAAAGGCUGGCUUAGAUUCUUGGCUUGGUCAGAGGACCAACCCCCCCAAAUCCAUAAUUUGGGGAGCAAAGAAGCAAAACAGUCUCGCCUCCACACAAGUCCCAAAUAAAUGUUAAUAAGGAAGGAGUUUGCUUUUUUUGCAUAAGCCUUCCAAAAAUGACAAAACUUGUUUCCAUUUAGUUGACCCUAAAAUAAUUAGGUUCAAAGUUGGUGCUUGGCUCUUGAUCAGUAAGCAAUUGUGGUUGGUUGGUAUGGUUUUAAAAGCAAAUAUUAUGGGCUAUUUUGAGACUAAAUCAAAGGUAUGGGAUGAUGAAUGCAGCAACCUUUCACUCCCAACAGGUAUGCUAACACUUUUGAGUACUUUUAAGCCUGCAAUGCUGAAAUCGCUUCUCGGACUGCAGCGGGACUUCGCUUCUGCAUAAAGAUGCAAAACAGUUGUGCUGUCAUUUGUAAUGUAGACUAGAGAGCAACAAUAUUAGUGGGGAACUGGGCUUAGUGGGUGCACGGGAUGUUUUGUGAACAGUACGGAGGGUCGGGUGAGCACGCUGGACCGUCUCUGUGGGGUAUAUUACCUUCCACGAAUGCGUUAUGCUAAGCUUUUUAAAUAUUGAGAGGUUAAAUUUUAUAAAUUGCCAAUAAAAGCAUCCUGUAAUUCAAAGAAAAUUGCUAUAGUGCAUGGCGUUUCUCAGAGUUUCAUAGCAGUAGCUCAUCUACGGGGAUGAUUAAGGGACAGGGGGAUAUCGUAUGAAAAUCAUUUCAUUUCUUAAAUCAUCUUGGACAUCAUGUCAAACCUUGCCCUUCUUAAAUGCUGACAUUUACCAGUUAAUGAUGGAGAAAGAGGGUAUGAUUCUUUCCAGGCACUCUGUAUUUUUGAGAUCUGUCCCUGACUGUCAGGGAUCUGCAACCAGUCCAUGGGAAAUGAUACUCUUGUAGAAUUGAUUCUAGCUGACUGUAGUUGGUCUUGAAACUUACAGUAAGGUACUGUAUUAGAAAGAAUUUUAUCAUUAUACUUGUUUCGGAAACGUAAAACCAAAUAAAUGCUAAAUGUCACUCCUCACUUGCAAAAAACAGAAACAAGAAAAAUACUUGGUCAUUUACCGAAUCAUCAUCUUAUUCUUCUUUUUUUAACCGAAUCAUCUUGUGCUUUGGAUUUACUGAUAAAUGUCAGAAUUUUCUUAGAUUGCCAUUGCAUCCCUCCCCUGGGCUCCAGCGGCCUUAACAUUGUCACGAAGCAUCAACGUCAAGGUUUCCAAGUUGUACUGUAUCAUAGACAUUCUGUACAUUUUAAAAUAUUUUAACCUAGAUUUUGCUUAUUGUUAUCCAUGCUUAGUCCACAUUAUUGUUACCUGUCUUAUGUCGAAAUCCUCUCAUUUUAAUCUCGUUCGUUUACUGUGUUUGCAAGUUUUUGCUGUGAAAUACCACAAUCUGGAGUAACCUUGCAAUAUGACUUUCCGCCAUGUUAAUAUGCAAGUGAAGAUAAAUAAAGGCAGGUGAGGGGAAAUAGGGAAAGCUCGCCACGAUCCCCGGGAUGUGGGACUCCAUUUUGAAAAGUCGCCAACUCUUCAAAAGAAACUGAAUUUACAAAUGUACACUGCCUUGGGUUCUCUUUGACCAUUGUGUGUAAAUUCAGGAUAGAGAGCAAAACAAAUGGCUUCUCCUCCACAUUAAGUCCUCCCCCUAUUUUGUUACACUGUGUAGGGAGUUGUCUAUGUGUGGAGGUUUGUUUCUGAGUUUUUUUUAAAUAACUGGAUGUUGUAGGUGGCUGCCUUUAUUAUGCAUGGUUGCUUUAAGAGUUUUUUAGUGUAUUGGCAAAAUGUUCUGCAAAUAAAGAGUAAUGAAUGACAA